GGUGACAUGAGAGCGCGUGGAAGCAGGAGGCGAAACAGCGCGUAGUUUCUUAAAUAUUCGAGGUGCUCUCUCGCUGUUUGCUAACAUUGAAGACAGUUUGCUGUGCUAAUGUCCGUGUAAAGCAGCUAGGCUAAGCCAGGAGUGCGCUCAUACCGUACACAGUGAGGUGUUACAAUGUGGAAAUACCCGCUGAGACCGGUGUUACGGAAAGUAAAAUUCUUCCUCGGGGUAUUCAACACUGCUCAGUUAGCUGACAUUGUCAGAGUCGCAUCAAAUAGGUCUUGUUGCAGUGUCUCAGGGAAGAAAUGGACGAAACCCAGCGGUUUUGACACGGGCGUAAAGACUUUCAACAGCCUGACCAAACAGAAAGAGCCCCUCAUUCUGGCAAGAGAGGGCGUAGCUACCUGGUACAGCUGUGGACCAACCGUGUAUGACCAUGCCCACCUGGGUCAUGCAUGCUCAUAUGUCAGGUUUGACAUCGUGCAGAGGAUUUUGUCCAGACUGUUUGGGAUCACUGUCAUCCAUGCCAUGGUGAUCACUGAUAUUGAUGACAAAAUUAUCAAAAGAAGCUGGGAGGAAAAUGUAUCUCCGACCAUCAUAGCCAGAAUGUAUGAAGAUGAAUUCAAAAGGGAUAUGCUUGCCUUAAAGGUGAUUCCUCCUGCAGUGUAUUUAAGAGUCACGGAGAAUGUGCAGCAUAUUAUCGCGUUCAUUGACGGGAUCAUCAAAAAUGGACACGCUUAUGCCACAAGAGAUGGUGACGUCUAUUUCGACAUUCAAUCCAUCGGUGACCGUUACGGCAGGUUUGUGGGAGCUGUGGAUUCUCAGGGAGAACCUGGCACUUCAAAUAAACGCGACCCGAGGGAUUUCGCUCUUUGGAAACAGUCCAAACCUCAGGAACCGUACUGGGAAUCUCCAUGGGGCAGAGGAAGACCUGGCUGGCAUAUUGAAUGCUCUACCAUCGCAAGCUGCAUGUUUGGGAGUCAGCUGGACAUCCACUCUGGAGGUAUUGACCUGGCUUUUCCUCACCAUGAGAAUGAGAUUGCUCAGAGUGAAGCCUAUCACCAGUGUGGCCAGUGGGCACACUACUUCCUGCACUCAGGACACUUGCACCUGAAAGGCAGCGCAGAGAAAAUGUCUAAAUCUUUAAAGAACUACAUCACCAUCAAGGAUUUCCUGCAGUCGUACUCUGCCAAUGAAUUCCGGAUGUUUUGUCUUUUGACAAAAUACAGAUCAGCGAUAGACUACAGUGACAGCAGCAUGACGGAGGCUCAGACCUCUCUGGGAACCAUCUCCACCUUCAUCCACGAUGCCCAGGCCUACAUGAAGGGUCAGCUGCAGUGUUCACCUGUGCAGGAAGCAUUUCUCUGGGAGAGGUUGGCUGAGACUAAAUCCAAUGUGGUGAAAGCUCUGGCAGAUGACUUUGAUACCCCAAGAGCCAUCGGCGCCCUGAUGAAUCUGGUUUAUCAUGGAAACUGCCAACUCCAGCCUGUUUCUACGUCUGACAGCAUGGCCCGAAGCCCGGCAGUGUUUGGAGCGAUGGUCAGCUACAUAAGAGAUGUCUUGGAUGUGUUUGGAAUUGAUGUUCAGCACAGUAAGCAGGCGGAUGAGGUGAGUCGCUCUGGAAACCUGCAGGGUAUCGUGGAGCAGCUGACUCAUUUCAGAAGUCAAGUUCGAGGGUUCGCGCUCGCUCAUCGGAACAGUCCCGCCGCGGGGUCCCCUCAAAAACCCGCACUUAACCACCUUCUCAAAGCCUGUGACACCCUCAGAAACGACCUGGCGCCGCUGGGUGUUCUCAUAAAGGAUCGAGGAGCCACCUCUACAUGGGAGAUAACUGAGGGAAAACAGAGUCAGAGAGGGCAGGGAGACCCAGAUAAAGGUCAGGACACAUCCAGAGACUGACUCUCUAUUUAAGGCUUGUGGACUCAUUUCAAAUUCCUCAACUGAGAGACUUGUAGAAGAACAAGAACCCAAACCAUCUGGAUUUCAUAACAGAAAAUAACUUUAAUGAUGAAAUGAAAUGCCUGAUGUGCCUCACUCAUCAGUCUAUUCUUUGUUUCAUUAGGAAGGUGUAAUAAAUUUUAUGUUAAUUGUAUUUUUACAUCCA